UCCGUAUCGGUUUCAGUAGGUUGAUCAGUUCAAGCUGAUGUGAGGAAGGAGAAAGGGUCAGUGUUUGUGGUUUUACCUGGAUGAACGGCGUCACUUCAAACCGCAGCAUGACUGUAAUAUCUCCCGAUAAGCUACUUCAGCGUGAGCUGAGCAACCUGAGCAAACGCAUGCCUUCCUGCAUGGUGCAGCAGAUUUCUGAUUGCCUGUGUCGCUCACGUGCGCUCACUGACUACGAGGUGCAAGUGAUCCAUUCCAAGAACACAGAGCUUCAGCAAGCUAUGUGUCUCCUGCAGACGCUCCUGCACAAGGGCCGCACGGCAUGUCUGCUCUUCUUCCAGUGCCUGAAAGCAUGCAACACCUCACUCUUUCAGACCGUCACCCGAGGCUUGGUGAAAGUUUCUGAUGAGGCUCACCAUCAUGUGGAGAAAUCUCUUUCAGAAGAGCCAAGUGGAACUGUUCCUUUAUGUGUCAUUAACAUUAACAAUGCCUCACUGAACAACUGUAUCAUCGGAAACAACAACAGCUUGUGCUGUCUACAAUCUCAGACUGAUGUCAUUAUCGAUGGAGUAGAGCAAACACAGAGAAGUCAUCAGCAAAGGGAAACACCAGACUCCAGAGAGGCUCCUAAUGUUCAGGUGGAGAGCUCAAGUGUUGAGUUUGUCAUCAUAGGGGACAACAACUACAUGAAUGUAGAGAGCAGUCUAAACUCGGAUGAAGAGGAAACGGAUAAUGUACCAGAGGACUCGGAGGAGUAAAGAGGACAAGAUGGUCAAGAUGGAGACCACAUUAUUAAUAUGUAAAAUGUGUGUGUACAUAUACACACACACAUUUGGUGGCAUCCUAAAAAACUUGUCAAAUGCAAAGAAACUCAGGUGAUGCUUUACACAAGCACUUAUUUAAAACCAGUUGUGGUUAAGAAGGUGUACACCUUAAUGUGAUCUUAUCCCAAAGUUCAAAUGCUGCUGUCCGGACCUCAGUAUUUAAUUUUAUUUUACUCUUCUUUUUUUGUUGUUGUUGUAACAAACCAACUUUUUUAUAUCUUGUUAAGCUAUGCCUUAUUGCAUUGUGCUUUUGUUUCACCUGUGAUGAAUUUAUAUAUUUAUAUGCAUGUUAUUUAUUAGGGGUUGUGAACCUUGUUUAAGUGUACUUGUAAUAAUGCUGUAUAACCGUAUAAUAAAUA